AUGGAAGAGUCGGAUCCCGACUACAUAGCUCCAAGUGAAAGCGAAGAAGACCGUGAGUUCUCUGCAGAUAGUGAUGUAGAGGAAAGUGAUGAUGAAUUAUUGGAAAAUGAGGAAAGGGAUCUUAAUCCAUUGCCCCGAUGCCAUGUACAUAGCAAGAUUGGGAAAUGGGAUGCCUCGUGUGUGGACAAGGAUGAGUCUGCUCUUAAGAUGUGGGAUGAGACCCCCGAAGAAAUAGACAUUGGCGUUUGUUUCAAAUCCCAAUCAGAAACAAAACAUGCUGUGAAAUUAUGGAACAUCCAUCAUAAAAGAGAAUAUAGGGUUGUCGCGAGUAGUCCAACAACGUGGGCUGUGUGGUGCAGAACAUUAGAUGUACCAAGUGAGGAUGGUGAUCCAUCAUGUGUGUGGAAGAUGCGUGAGUCUUUGAAAGAUCACGACCUUCAUCAAAUUGAUAGAAUCGUAAGUGUGAUAUCCGACCGGAAUGCAGGGUUGUUGAGCGCAAUGUCACAGAUGGAUGAAUGGUAUGAUUUAGGGGAUGGACACUACUUUAUUGCCUCCGCCACGUUCGUAGCAAUCUUGUGUAGCGACAUAAGAGCAGAAAGGGUUGGGGCUUUCGAGGAAGAGCUCAUACAUGCACUUCCUGAGGGUUCCUCAAUCGAGCAAUUCCAACAAAGGGCCCGGACAUUAAUCCUGUGGGAAUGUAAGUACACCUACGAGAACGUCCCAAGGAGUAGUGUGCCACCUUUAAGAGAUCAAUUAACAGGUUCACGGAUUGGAGAUGGUGAAGUAUUGAACAACAUUCUCAUAUGCUCCGAGCAGUUUAGAGACAAAAGUCGUGAAAAAGAACUCCUAGACAGUGAACUAGAGGAGCAUUUGAAUGAUAUCGUGAAUCAAGUACACACUGCUUUGACCCUUGGCACAAAUGAUGAGGGUAAAAAGGCAAAGCUGUGGCCAAGAGAGAAGAUUGGAGGAGGAAGAAAGCGAAAACUAGUGAUCCCCCCACGGUCAUCGCAACAACAAAAUCAGGGUGAAGGUUCAGUUUUUGCCGGUGCAAAGUACGGAAGAAGAAAGGUAGAGAAGGCGCGGGGAAGAAUAAUGCACAAAACAGCACAAGGGUGGUUUUCCGGCGGACCAACUAACGAUUUGCAGAAAGCGCCGCCGUCUCUAUUAGCAGACUGGAAUGCCUACGCAGCAUCAAGGGAUAUCGAAGAAUCUGCGGAAUCUUCCUCCUCAACUUUAGGGUUUGAUCUCGAAUCUGCUGUUAGAACUGCCAAUGAUAAAGUAUCCGGCACUUUCAAUGUGGUAUCAAAAGGAGUCCGCGACCUGCCUGGGAGUUUUCAAUCAGCCACAAGUAGUGUCCCCUCGGGGAAGUCUCUCAUGUAUUUUGCCUUGCUACUUGCUUCUGGGGUGUUCUUCAUUAUUAUAGCUUUCUCCAUAUUUCUCCCGGUAAUGGUGAUAGCCCCUCAAAAGUUCGCCAUCUGCUUCACAAUGGGCUGUGGAUUCAUAAUUGGCUCAUUUUUUGCUCUUAAAGGUCCAAAAAAUCAGCUGGCACACAUGAUGUCAAAGGAGAGACUUCCUUUUACAGUGGGAUUUUUGGUCAGCACUGUAGGAACGAUGUACGUGUCCAUGAUGCUUCAUAGCUAUAUUCUUUCAGUCUUUUUCUCUUUGCUUCAGGUGAUAGCAUUGUCAUAUUAUGCAAUUUCUUACUUCCCUGGAGGAUCAGCCGGCUUGAAGUUUCUUUCCUCAACCAUUACUUCAUCGAUACUUAAUUGUUUCGGACGAUGA